AUGAUGACAAUGUGGCAAUUAAUUCAAAUAUUUUUUGCCGCUUUAAUAUGUGAAAUGACUGAUGGACAAAUGAACAGUGUACCAGAAUCUGGUGAUCCAACAAAUCAAGAAGUGGCACUUUUGGAAUGGUCAUCCGGUAUUCGAGUAUUUUACUGCAUUGAUGCACCAUUAGAAAUUCUUGUGGAACCAUUUAAACAAGCAUUAAUACAAUCAUUAAAUAAAUUUUGCCGUAACCCUGCAGCAUGUCGUCUUCUUAAAUCAAUAUCAUUUAAACCGGAUUAUAUUGUUUUACUUGAUGGUUAUCCGAAAAUUAAUUAUGGUGCUGUACAAUUUCGAUUUGUUAUUGUUUUACCACCAAAUGCUGUACCAAUGGAUCGUUUAAGAAAACCAUUGCUUACAAGAGAAAUUCUCUCAAACUUUCUGAAUGCAUCAAUCAAAGAAUUUGAGCGAAAAUUUGGUUGGAAAGUAAGCAGUUAUGAACGAUUUCCAAAAUUUGAUCCAAUAACGGAAUUCAUGAAUACGGCACUAAUUCCGAUUGGAUUCAUUCUAUUCAUACUAAUUCUUCUGCUUGCUUACUGGUCUUCUACAAUCAGCCGAUCAUAUGUUAGUAGCGAUGAACGUUUGGUUAUUAGAACAAGCAGUGAUAAAAGAACAGCUAUCAAAAGAACAUUACAAAUUAUUGAACAACAAAAAAAGUUAUAUGCUGAAAGAAAUGGAUAUAAAGAAUCAUGCUGUACUGAAUUUUCAAAACUUUCAAUUCAAACAAUACCUAAAAUAUCAGUAACGGAAAAAUAUGAGUCAGAUCAAAAUGUUGAUGCAUCGAAGAAUGAAAUUACGGAAGAAUGGCUUAAAAAAUCAUCAAUAGAACCAACAUCAUCAUCAUCAUAUCUGCAACCAAUGCGAUCUGGUAGUGCAUCAACGUUGAGUUCAAUUGCUGUUUUCAAAAAUGUCGGUGGAAGACGAGUGUCUCAUCGACGACAGAGUUCCAUGGAUGAUAAUAACAAACGAUUUCGCAAAAAGCGAUCUACUUCAAAAGCAAGACGACUUACGCAAUGCCAAUGGAAAUUGACAAGUUUGGCAUUGAGUGGAUUUGGUAAAUCACGAAGAUAUUGA